UCUAGCUGCCUUCUGUCAUGCAAACUGCCUCCUUCUGGUUACCCUGGUGUCCUGCCUGCAUCUGAUUCAAUGUCCCUCCAGCUGCUCUGUGUCCCCUGACUACUCAGUGCUUCCCCCCUCCACUCCACAUCGUGCCCCCAAGCCCUGGCUGCCUCUGUCCCUUUCUGUAUCUCAGACACUGGCCUGGAGGGCCUCCUGAGUGGUUUCAUACCCAGUGGAGUCAGCUCCAUCCAGGCCAUACCAGCUCCGCUGGGAGCUCUGCCCUCCGUCUGGGGUAAGAAGGCUGAGCCAAUCCUAGCUGGUUCUGUCGCCUGUACAACCCCCAGGCCCGAGGAGCUGGCUCACCAGACAGACAGGGGCUGAAGGGGUGGAGUAGGGGGAGGGUAUCCCUGGCUCAGGGCAGAAGAAUGCAGGGACCUUCCCUUCACACAGAAGGCACACAACUAUGUCCUGACUGCUUGUCACCACGGCUACGCCCCUGCGGGGACCUUCCCUGCACAAAGUAGGCCACAGCCCUGAGGGAUUGUUCCUGCACACAGUAGGCACACAAAUAUGUCCUGAGUGUGCAUGUCCUCAUCACGGCAGCCACACCCUCGCGGGGACACACCAGCCUGGUGUCCUCCCUCAAAUCCAUUCUGCUAGUGAAGAUCCAGGGAGGACAAGGACGGGCCUCAGAAGGGAAACUGAGGCGCAGCUCAACCGGCCUCACACACACUUGCCCUGUUCCCUGAAGCUGGGACCCUAUGGAUGGCCAGCUGAGCUGCAGCCACGCAGACUGGAUGUCACAGUUGUGCCCGCGGCUGUGGGAUGUCCCCCUGCACCACCUGUCCAUCCCAGGGAGCCAUGACACCAUGACAUACUGCCUGAGCAGGAAGUCCCCAAUCUCCAGGUCAGAGUCCCGGCUGCUGCACCUACUGGGGCGGGUCGCGCCCUGCAUUAUGGGGCCCAUGGUGUUGAGAUGGUCAGUCACACAGACUCUGGACGUGAAGCAGCAGCUGGACGCAGGGGUGAGGUACCUGGAUCUGCGGAUUGCGCACAUGCAGGGCGGCUCUGAGAAGAAUCUGCACUUUGAACACAUGAUCUACACCACUGCGUUGGUGGAGGACACCCUCACAGAGAUCUCCGAGUGGCUGGAGUCGCACCCCCAUGAGGUCAUCAUCCUGGCCUGCAGAAACUUUGAGGGGAUGACAGGAGACUUGCAUGAGUACCUCAUAGACUGCAUCAAGAACAUCUUCGGGGACUCGCUGUGUCCACGCGGGGACAUCCCUACGCUGCGGCAGCUGUGGGCACAUGGCCAGCAGGUGAUUGUGUCCUAUGAAGAUGAGACCUGUGUGGGUCGCCACGCGGAGCUGUGGCCUGGGAUCCCUUACUGGUGGGGAAACCAGGUGAAGUCCCAGGCGCUGCUGCAGUAUUUGGAGACCAUGAGGAGCUGCGGUCGCCCAGGUGGCCUGUUUGUGGCUGGCAUCAAUCUCACAGAAAACCUGCCCUAUGUCCUCUCUCACCCAUCCGGGUCCCUGGAGAUGCUGACACGGCCCAACCUUCGGCUCCUCGAGGCGUGGGUGCGAGCACAGAAGCCAGGGCCCGGAUCAGGCUGCACCAACAUCAUCGCUGGGGACUUCGUGGGCUCCAACAGCUUUGUGGGUGAAGUCAUUGGGCUCAACCAGAAGCUGCAGUGA